UCUUCUGACGCAAACCAAACGUUUGUAGGUAGCGAGGGUCGACUUUCUCCGCACAACUAAAAAUAAAAUAAUUGUUAUUAAUACUAAAGGAACUGGUUUACAUUAUGUUCCCUCAGCAACAGCAGCAUUUCCAGCAGCAGUUGCUUCAGCUCCAGCAGCUUAUUCAUCAGCAGCGGCAGCAGCACCAUCGCCAUCACCAUCCACACCCACCGCCACCACAGCCAGGCCCUAACCGGGCUAUGCAGCCACAGCCACAAAAGUAUCAUCACCACCAUCUUCACCAACACCAGCAGCAUCGUCAGCAGCAGCAGCAGGAGCAACUGCCUCAGAUAAACCUACAUCCACCCAGUCAAGCUUCACUCCUUAAUCCCAAUCCUAUGCUACAACGAGCCCUGAUAAUGCAGCAGAUGCAAGGUGGUCUUCCUGGAUACAACAUGUCUACACCAGGUCUACAGCCUUUCUUUCCACCAGGAUCGCGAGCAUCAAUUCUUGGCACCCCUCCCCUUGGCAUUCAGCUGCCAGCACCUCGCAUCAGAUUUGGGAACCAACUCUUCCAACAGCAUAAUCGUGGAUUCAAAGAUAUGAAGAGAAUGCAUGAUAUGAGAAGAGAUCGUUAUUCUCCACGGGAGCCAUUCCGGCCAAAAGUGGAUUUGAAAUGGGCUGCAAAUAAAGUUAACAUGGAGCCUGGAUCAAAACAGUCAACAGGUAAUAAACAUGUUGAUGCAAGGAAGGCAGCUGAUUUUAUAUCUCUGGAAACCGAGGACUCCAUUAAAGCUGAUGAACCAGAAGUAAAAAGGAGAAGGCUUGAAAGCAAGAAUACUGAUGAUGUAAUUGAACAGUCUAAUUCUGAGGAGCCAAACACGUCAAAGAGUACAGUGAAGGAAGAUGAUUUUUCAAAAGAAACUGAUGAAUGUGAAGAGAGUAGAACUGAAAAGAUUUUGGAGCACAAUACACCAAAUACAGAGAUGCUGAGUACGAUGAGUACAUUGAAAGUAACAAUUCAGCAGAGCAGUGAGAGUAGGGCAAUCAGUACAUCUGCACCUGAUUCAGGAUCCAAGAGCAAUGAGGAUUCGAUUGAGGAGCUGGAUUCCAUGCCUUCCAAGUUCAUCUGUUACAUCUGUAAUGUCAACUGCUAUAAUCAAAAGAACUUUCAGAAACACAUGACAGGGACACGCCAUCAUCAGCGACUCUUAGAGAUUCAGCAGAUGAGUAAUGCUUGUCUGGCCACAAUAAUUCCACAGCAAGAUUCAAUGGGAAAAGGCAGAGAGAGUGACAAAAAAAGACCUCGAUGGUGCAGCACCUGUCAGGCCCACUUCAGAGGGAAUGUCAUUGAACAUCGGAGGACGCAGAGACACAAGCUUGCUAAGUACUCUCUGCGACCUUUCUGCACUGUUUGCAGCCGACAUUUCAAAACCCCCCGCAAGUUUGUGGAGCACAUGAAGUCGCCAGAGCACAAGCAGAAAGUGGAAGAGGUUAAGCUGCAGCGUAGUUCCCUGGAUAAAGAUCAAACUGGACAAGAUGAUCCAGAGGAUAUGAUCACUGUUGAUGCAGUUGGUUGCUUUGACGAAGACGAUGAAGAAGGAAUGACUGAAGAUGACAGUGGCUCUGAAUGUUUAAGUGAUGGGGAUUCUCAUCAGGCUUUCAUGUCAGAAUUUCAGACGGAGCCAUAUGAUGCAGAGACUGUAUAUGGCCAGGAAUUUGUGGUCCCUGUGACCGGUUUCCUCUGCAAGCUGUGUCACAAAUUCUACCAUUCUGAGUCCACUGCCAGAUUUACCCACUGCAAGUCACUGAUGCAUUUUCAGAACCUUCAGAGUUACAAAGUACAAAGAGCCCAAGAUUAUUUGUCAGUAUCAUAUCAAGAACCAGCAGCCUCUGUGGUGAACAACCUUCAUUCAACAGAUGAUCAAAAACCAGCAAGUGAGAAACAACCAGAGAAUGACUUAAAACCUGCCAGCGUCACCGACAAUCACCCUGAAAUGGAGGAAGCAAGUUGUGAAGCUGAAACUCCUGCGCCUUUAGGUGAUGGCAUUGUUACCCAUGUAGAUGAAGGUAACAAAGACAGUGUUCCCCCUUUGCAGAACCUCCAGCAGGAGAGCCUAGAUGACAUUGAUCAAGGUGGUUCAAUCAUUGAUGAAUUACCUGUUUCAAAGCUUGAUUGUGAAUUAACUGUCAGCCCAUGUACAAAGAACGAGGUGUCAAGCGACAGAAUGGAGGGGGAGCAAGGAAUUAGUUCUGACGUGUGUGAGUCGGGUUCCAUUGUGGGAAGUGAGGUGCUGGAUGAAGAGCAGGAUGGGAGUGAGGAGUGUGACCUGAGCUUGUCCAAAGCUGAGGAGCCCAGUGAGACUGAGGGUGAGGAAGAGCACCUGACGGAGAAGGAGUGUGAAGGGACAAGUGUCAAAAGUGAAGAGAAUGAGCUGAGUGAGGAGGGUGGGCAUCUGGAAGGCAAUGUCUCCAAAACAAGAUCUGGGAGAGUAGUGCGUGGCCGUCGUUUCUCUUCAAGACGGAAGAAGUAAAUUUAUGAUGCAUUUUUUUGUUUUUAAGGGUUAAUUAUACCACAUUGAGCUAAAUUUAAAGGCCUGCAGUUGAUAUGAUACCUCUGGCACCAUAUUAGAUAUAUGACAUGGUCAUCCAUCAUUGGUUAUAUAUUUUCUUUUCUCAGUGAGGGAAGACUCGUAUAGUGCUGAUUGAAUCUGUAACAUCUCAAUACAGUACCCAUUCAGAAGUAUUUUUCCAUCCUCUUAUGGAAAACAAAAUGGGGAUAACCGCAGUACUCUGAAGAUCUUAUUGUAUCUUAAAAAAUUGUCUUCAGUUAUUUUUUAUAUCCAAGAUAUUGCUACAUAUGUUAUAUACUGUGGCUGAAUUAUACCAUCUGAUUUAAUACUCCCCUUCACAGCUGAUGACUCAAAUUUGUGUAAACAGAAUGAUCAGUUGCUUGAGGCCCAAGCUUCCUUUCAUAUUGGCAAGCCAAUGUGGGUGGAAUUAAAUAUUGGGUCGACUGGAAUUACUUCAAAUAGGAUCCCUUUGCUUUGUGAUCACUUUAUGCAACUCUAUCGCUAAAUGCAAAGUCAAGCGUCAACCAAUUUCUCAGUACCUUGAUAACCCUGUGUUUAAACUGCAAGUGCAAAGUAGACAGCAUUGACCUUUCUGAGCCAUGUAAGUUAAUUCCUCAUUGUGUGAGUUGCUUACUUGUAUUCACUGGUCAUGAAAGUGAAAUGCAGCACACACAGACUUGCCUACCCAAGGCAGUUACGCAAUUUCUAACAAUCUGCCCUCUUUGAAGCAUUAAUGGAAUUGGGAUUCUUGAUCAUUGUCCCUGAAAAGGCUCAUUCAUAAAGUUCACUUUGCUUGUAUAUGGAACUGGAUUAAAGUUAGGCUUUCUGACAGGGAAAAUAAAUCUGUUUCCAAAGUAUCCUUUCUUGAACAGUGACAUUAAAUCACAUUUAGUUCUUAGCAUGCUAUACACUGUUCUUGAUAUUGACACUAGCAUUCAAUUUUUCAGUAACAUAAAGGAGGUUAUUUAGCCUAUCAUGCUAAUCAGUGAGAUUGUGGGUUUCUGUAAACUGACAUCAAAUAUAUUCCUAUGCCCCAUAUCAAUUAGCUCCUUCAGUGAACAAAGAAAGGUCUUGUAUUUUUGCUAUCAAAAUUAGCAAUUGAUUCCAUUGUAGAGAACUUCAAAUCUCUAUCCCUCUUGAGUGUGGAAGUUUUUCCAUCAUCAUUUGCUUUUCAUUUUAAAAUUGCCCCUUUCUCUUCACUCUCUCACUCAAUAAAUAUCUUUGAUCUUCUGUAAGACAUUAAUCAAGUCCCCUACUUUGUUUUUCCUGAAAAUUCAUUCUUAUUUUGUAAAACCAAAAGCUAGCUUUCCAUUAACUAUUAUUGGUAAUUUUCCAUGCCUGUCCAUAACAUUUUAAUGAUUUACAUCAUAGAACCUUGAGGCAGUUUCUGGUUUUUCACUGUCUUUGUGAUAUUUCUGUUAUUUGGAACAUGUUGCUUACCAGAGUUUGAACUGCAAAGAGUCGCGAUGGAUAUAUUCCCACAGUAAGGUAAUAUGAUGAAAUUCUGUGAUACUGACAGAUAAGUUUGAUAUAUUACUGCAUUUUUUUUCUCUUAUAUAUGUGGAGAUUGGCAUCUCCACUUGGAAUGAUCUCCAGCUUCAUAACCACAAACAAUCCAGCAAUUCCUCCAACACUAACCACCUCUAAUCUACUUCAUCCUACUUUACAGUGCUUUGAGACAACUGGGAGGUAGUUAAAUUGCCUCCCACUUGGCUGUCCAGUAUAUAGAUUGCACAUUUCCAGUACCAUUGGGGGGGGGGGGAGGAAGGGUGGAUAAAAGUGAAUCUGUUCUGAAAGAUUCAUAUCCUUCCCAACUCUAAUAAUAUUAUAACUAAUAGGCAGUUGCAGUCAGAAAGAUUUGUUUUUAAAUAUAGUUUAUUCAAUAUCCCUACCUUUUUUCUUCAGUUUUGUUUACAGCGGUGUCCUGAAAGUUGAUCUGAUUUGCAGAUGCUCCUUGCCUAUCCGUAAAAGUUAAUACCCUGUAUAGACAGUCCAUAGACAACCAGAUGGAGGGCUGAAUAUUGUAGUGGCUGGAAUGUGGAUGGGGAGACCUGCAUGCAUAUAGGUUAACUUUGUUUUUUAUGGUUUUCUACACAUUUCUAGUAUUCCAGUUCAAAAUGCAAAUAACUACUCUUGGAAAUAAGUUCCAGGUGUUAACUUUCUUUGCCUUUUUGUUUUGAUUGUAACUUUGUGCUACUUUAAAGGGUAAUGGUAACGUUUCAACAGGCCAAAAAAAAUAGAAAGCAGGUCUGUCAGUUGUUGAGAGAAAAUAUUAAGGUUUCAGGCAUUGGCCCUUCAACUGCAAAUGAUUUAUUUGAAAUAUCAGCCUUUUAUUCUGAAUACAAAUACCGUACAUUUGCAGGAAAGUCAUCCUUGUAAUUUAGAUUGCCCUUAAAAUGAAUUGCUUUCACAUCAGGUUCAUCCCUAGAUACAUGGGUUAAGCACUUGAAGGAAUUAGGAGCUUGCAGCUUCCUCUAUAACCAUCAACAAUUGUGCAACUCUGUUUUCCAUAUUCUGCUGACAAUGGACAUUUUCUAAUUUAAAGCUGUUUUGGACAUUUCUAUUAAGUCUUUGCCAGCUUUAUUGAGGUAAUGGGUAAGAUCAUUUCCUGAAUUAAAGGAUGGCUUACAGCCUUUCAGAUAGUGCAACUGAAGGGUGCUUUUGUUGCCCUUUUGAUUUAGUUCAGUUCACCUCACUGUCACACCCAGAGAUCAUGUUGCAUCAGUCAUUGGAAUAUGAGUCUUGUGAUAGUUUUCCCUUGUUUUUUCCCUUCUUAUGUUGCCUCCUGCCAAGAACAGCGUGGCUGACUGACAUCAGCUCUCAUUUAGAUGAUGCUAUGUUGCAAACCACUGGAAUUACUUAAUUUCUUUCAAGUGAUGACAGAUUUAUUUGUGGAGAAUUGUUCAUGCUUAUGCUGAUGAUGGGUGCUGCUAACAAUCUAGUGUAGUGGUUAGCAUGGUGCUACUACGGCUUGGGGCAUUGGAGUUUGGAAUUUAAUCCCGGCGCCCUCUGUCCCAUCCCUGUGCACUGCAUGGGUUUUCUCUAGUGCUCCACUUUCUUCCCACAGUCCAAAGAUGUACUAGUCAUUGUAAAUCAGCAGUUGCUGGACGGUGCAGCCUGAAGAGCCGAGAAGGCCUAUUCCGCGCUGUAUCUUUAAAUAAAAAUAAAUAAAACUUGCAGCGGGAAAUUUGAAUUUAGUCUUUGGGUCAUUUAACAGAAAAGAAAAUGGGUUUUGAUUUAUAUUUAGUACCACCUGGUGAGACGAGAUGCUUGUAAGUGCAGCUUCAUUUGUUGUCAUUUACACUCCCAACGACAAAAAAUGGCAAGUUGAAAAUUAGACAGCAAACCAUUGGUGGUUUUUUUUUAAAAAUCCAAUCCAUUAAACUUGCCUAACUAUUCAAAAAUCAUCCCUCCCCCCCCCCCACCUCCAGCCCCAUCAGACAAACAUUAUAUGUUCGUUCUUCUUGUGGUUAAGCUGUCUUUGGUCUGGAGAAAGGUGGAUGAUCCUCACUUUCCUGACAAUUCAAUGUUAAAUAUUGGAAAACUAAGCUAGUAGCAGUUAAGUCAAAUGAGGAAGGAUCAUGAAAUUGAUUUUAUAAAUGAGUAAAUAUGUUGAGUAAUUUGACAUCCUGAGAAUAAGGAGGUAUUAUCUGCCAUUUAUAUAUGUUUACUCACUUGCUCCUUGAUGUUCUGUAUUGCCCAGGUUUGAGAUUAGAAACUUGGGAUGAAUACCCUAAAUUGUUCUUUGACAGAUUGAUGUUCAUUUAAUUCAUAAGUAAUCUUUUCCUUCAACAGCAUUGUCCAUGCAUCUUUCCCCAUUUCUCAAUUUUAAUGGCCAAAAAUUUGCUGAACACCUUAUUUUCCAAUGUCAGAUCUGGUACAGCAGUGGAAACGAUAUGAGUCAUCUGCACCUUUCCUCAUUCCCUGUCAUGCACUGUUGAACUUGAACACCCCCUGGUCAGCCAGUCCGCAAGAAUAUUGUCAAUAUUAAACCGGUCUGCGGUGCAAAAAAGCUUGGGGACCCCUGUGUACAGAAUAUCAGAAUUAGAAUCUGCAUUUUACACUGAAGUCAGAAUUUGUCUUUGGGUCUCCUUAGUACAGUUUUCCACAUCAUUCAGAUAGCACUCCAUAUUGGGUCAUAAUCAGUCUUGCGAUAUCUUUGAUGUUAGUUCUCAAGUUGUGCAAAAUAAAGGUUAUUUUGAAUGGGUCCAAUCCAGGUUCACAUUUUCCUGAACACUGAUCUCUACAGUAAAAAAAAGACUUGCCAAUCCCAUUGUUCUGGACCCUCCUAGACAGACACCUUGAAUUGGUCAAAGGGAAAGUGUUUUUGAUUGUUACUGCUUUUAACCCAUAUCCUACAAUCUAAAUAUUAGCUACUGCUUAUCCAACUACAAUUUAAGGUUGCAGAGCCAAAUAAUGAAUGUAUUUUAACAUCAUUGCUUUGUAUUUGUUUAUUUCAUAGUUUAUGAUCAAAUUUGAGCAGGUGCAUUAUCUUGCACUGCCCUCACUCCAGCAUUGAGGUGCCCCACUUAGAAAGGAAAAAUCAAACUUUAUUCUCUGAAGUGAAAAUCUAGUGAAUAAAUGUAUUUAAUAAUUUGUGGGUUUAUUUUAUAUUCCUUCCAUUUUUCAUGGACCAAAUGAUUUAAGCCCACCUAUUGAUGGAGUGAAUAUUUUCAGAUGAGCCAUGAAGUUUUCUGUUUGAUCUUUAUUCUAAUUCUUGGGUGACAGAUUUAAACAAUAAGGAUAAGAUCUUUGGCUCGUGAACAUCUACUUGUGUAACAGUAUAACUGAAGAAUGGCAAAUAUAAAAAAAAGUGAAAAGUGAUCUUUUUGCCCACAACUGGGACUUGUUUCCCAGUCACAUAGUACAUCUCAAAAUGAAAUUCUGUGAACUGCUUUUCCCAUUUACUAUCAUUUUCUCUGGGUGAAAGAAACACUGCAGACUAGCAGAUGAAUAUCCCUUGUCAUGUGUGCACCCUUGAAUGAGAUGAUCUGUAAAAUACCAAAUUGAUAGUUAUUUUUUAAUGUUUAAAUCCUCUAGAAAUGUGAUAUUUGAUAUGUAGCAAAUAAAAUUUGGAUGGCCAUUAUUUAGAAUAAUGGCACAUUAAAAGUAAUUUUAUGAGGUAGUAUUCCCUUUAAUGUUGAAUUUCUUCUAUUAAUAAUAUUGCUGUUUGUGAGUACUGUCAUUUUUGUUAGUGAAAAUGCUGUUUUGAGUGUAGUUUGAAAACCAUGUUUAUGUUGGUGGUUAAAUAGCCUGCACUUGGGUUUCAGGAAUAAAGUUUCAGGAAAAAAAUCAUCAGGCAUAUCUGUUUCAGAUGGUAUUUUAAAUACGUGGCACUUUUGGUUUACUCUCUUAAACCCCUUGACUUCAGUUUAGAUUUUGUGCGUGACUGCACCAAAACACAAUAGUUACAGCCAGAUUUCACAUACCUGUGGGUGGGAUUUCUUUAUUAAUCUCUUCUGAUUAGUAAUCUGCAGUCCUCACUGACAGGAAGCAGGAAGCCCAGGAGCUGCUAAUCAUCCUGAAGAGGAUGCUAGAGAAACACUGAACUAACACCCAGAAUAUAAGUACAUGUUAUAUAUGGUGUCAUUAGCUCAUUAGUUCCUCUCUAGGGAAGGAAGUUAAUUUU